AUUAUGAUAUAAGAUUAGAAAGAAUAAGGUAAUUAAUCUAAAACGAUAGUUAGUGGUUUUUAAUUGUUAUACGAUAAGAAGAGAUAAAGAAGCGACCACGGUGACAGACAACCCCGCACACACACUCACACACACAUUCACACACAAAUAUAGAUAUAGAUACGCAUAUCUAUACACACACACCUCCAUAUAUAUCCUGUAGAGUACAAAAGAAUAAGGCAUUUUAGUACAUAAUUAUGCAAAAAGAGUGAUACAUUCAUAUUAGAUAUAUCUAUAGAUAUAUAUAAAUAAAUAAGGCUAUUAUUGUGCUCACAAUUGAUCUGGGCGAUAAGGGACAAAUAAAAAAACCAUUUCGAAAGCAACGGAAAAUCAAAAAAAAACGAUUUCUCUACUAACAAAAUACAAUCAUUCCCUGUCUAAAAUUACUUAGACGUCAUGUCUAUUUCCUAUGUGGAUGAUAUAUCAGAUGGUCAAGGGAUAUUUAUAUUUGCGAAAAUACUUGGGAGGUCAGUGAUUCAAACUAAACGUUAAUAUCCAAGUCAGUCGAAUUUGUCGAAAUGUCACAGAACUUUGGCCGCAACGACAAGGCUUGCAAUUACAUAUGAGUUAAUGAUAUACAAGAGUAGUUGAAAACGUAUUUCUCUGGCCCGGCAGGAAAACAUGGAUGGAAAGGAAGCUUGUACAAGCUGGUAUGGGUUGAUCUAUUGAUCUAUAUAUUGGCCUACUAUAUUCUCAAUUUAUCGUAUCGAUUUGCAAUGAAUGAAAAUCAAAAGAAAACUUUUGAAGAAAUUGUUGAAUUCUGUGAAAAAACUAAAGGAGACAUUCCAAUAUCUUUCCUGCUGGGUUUCUUCGUGGCUGGUAUCAUAACACGUUGGUAUCAAAUGUAUCUGUUUAUCCCAUGGAUGAAUCAGAUAGCACUUCAAGUAGCUUCAAGCAUCAAUGGAAAAAAUCAAGAAGGAUCAAGAAAAAUUCGUCUAACAAUAAUGCGUUACAUGAAUCUAGCCUGGGUACUUAUGAUGAAGCGUAUAUCAGAUCAAAUUGCCUGUCGUUUUAUUAAAAAUGAAACAGGCAGUGUUCCAAGCGCCUUAGGACCUGUUCUACCCAAGCGUAAAUCAACUAAUCAUAAACAUUUAAUAAGUAGAAAUACAUGUCAACCAUGGUCAAUUGAUGCUAGUGAAGUAGUUCGUCCAGCUCCAUCGAAAUCUGUACUUCAACAACAAACAUCCCAGAAUUCAGCUCAACUACAACAAAAUAAGAUUGACUACUCGUCAAUGAAUGCAAAUAAUUAUAAUAACAAUAAUAGUAAUAAUAAUAGCAACCUGUAUGGUCGUCCUCAAACACCAAAUAUCCCAGAUGUGCAUACACCAUUGGCACCUUUAGCAGCUGAUGAAGAGUGUGGUGCACUACCGGAUGCAUUCGAGGCAGCAGAUGUUGUUGAACUCAGAGAGACAUUCAGAGCGUUCAAUCAAGAUCAGAAAGUGAAAGGUUCAUUUGGUGUAUUAAUCACUGAAGCAGAAAUAUCAUCGUUUGAAAGAAUAGCAGCCGACUGGUUUAAAAGAACUAAAACCAAUUAUACACCAGAAUACUGGAUACCAAUACAAUGGGCACAAAGAUUAACCCUGAAAGCAUUGGAUAGUGGAUAUAUUAGUGAUCCCAAAGUGGCAUUUUAUACAGUUGAAAAUAUCGGACGUGUUAGACAGAAAAUGCAAGAUUUGCAAGUCUACAGCAGUAUUAUGAUCCCCUUGGUCUAUACUCAAGUUGUCAUUAUUGCUGUCUACAGUUAUUUUAUGUGUCAAAUAUUCGCCUGUCAAUUUGUUGAAAAUCGUCCUGAUGAUAAAAGCAGAAAAAUUGAUUUAUACGUUCCAAUAUUUAGUAUCUUCUCAUUUCUAUUUCUUAUGGGAUGGUUAAAAGUUGCUUUAUGUGUCAUGAAUCCAUUUGGUGAUGAUGAUGAAGACUUUCAGACAUCGAAAAUUUUAGAUUACAACUUGGAUGUUAGUUUUCGAUCUGUUUACAUGGAUAGUGAUUCAUUUCCUGAGUAUCUUUCACCACCGAUUGGAAAAAAACGAACUGAUGACGAUGGUGAAGAUGAUUUGCUCAAAUUUUUAGAACAAAUAGAUCAAGAGUUAGCUGAAGUUACAGAUAGAGAAUUACCGAAUGAUGUAUCCAAUUUGGAAAUGCGACCAUCAUUUUGUGAACGUGCGCGUAAUCUAUGCUGUUGUGAGAAAAAAGAACCGCCACCACCUCCCAUUUUUGUAACGAACGUUGAUUAUGAUAGAUACUUUGACACGCCAAUGAAACCAAGUCAUCUUCAUCCAAGUGUUAAAAAAUGGACAUGGUUAAAUCCAUAAAAUAUAUAUAUAUAUAUUCAUAUUGAUUAAAAACUAUAUUCAAUUUCGAUUUCCAAGCGCUUGAAUCAAAUUUAAGCAAGCUUAAACAAGUAUCACUAAAACAGAAUCAUAAUGUUUGAUUUUAACUGAAAUUUAUAUAUGCAAAUAUAUAUAUAUAUAUAUAUGUUCAAUUUUCAAUGUUUAUGUACUUGUUUAACUAAACUAUUUUUGUUUUCACUAUCCAAUCCUAUCCAAGCCAACCAACCAAUCAAUAUUUUUUGUACUCACUUUUGAACUCUAGUUUAAAUGAUUCAUUUUCAAUAAUAGCGACAACAGAAAAGCAGGCUAAAAAUUAUUUCACGCUUGUUUCAAUUUUAUGCAUUGAACACAUUGAACAAGAAUUGUUUUUAUUCAACUUAAUUAUGCGCUUCCUCCGUUCUUUAUUUACUUAUUUAUUACCUAUCCUGUUUCGAUAACUUCGGAAAAAAACAACUUAUAAACAUUAAAAGCUUGUUAGCAUUAUUAUUAUUAUUAUUAUUAUUAUUA